UUCUCUAUCUGGAAGGGUUUUCGGAUCCUCCCCUCGCCCUUGAUAUUCUCAGAUUUCCCAUGUGCCCUUCGGUGCAUCCCCUGAGUAUUUCAGCCUCUGAAUCCCUCAUGGCUUCUCCAGUUUGGAUUCUGGUGCUGCUGCUGGGGGCUGUGGACCAGGGCUGCGCGUCUGCUUCUGUCGGACCAGAGCCAAGCACACAGAAGUCACCGGACUGGGAAUUAGUUGCUCCGAGCUCAAGGGACAACUCCAUCCUCAGCCAGUGUGAUUUUGAGGAUGACUCCAAGCCCUUCUGUGACUGGUCCCAAGUGUCCGCAGAUGACGGUGACUGGAUUCGUACCAGUGGGCUCGCCCCGACUGGUACCUCUGGGCCCCCCGGGGGCUACCCCAAUGGAGAGGGCCACUACCUGCACAUGGAGCCGGGCAGCUUCCCCCGCGGUGGUGUGGCGCGCCUGCUCAGCCCGGUGCUGUGGGAGGCCGGGCCCCUGUGCCUGCGCUUUGCCUACCACGUGUUUGGGCUGUCGUGGGGCACGCAGCUGCGGCUGCUGCUGCUCCCCGGCACGCAGAAUGCCCGGCCCACUGUGCUCUGGAAACUCGAGAACACCGAGAGCCCCUCCUGGAUGCCCACCGCAGUCACUAUCCCCGUGGAGCUCUCCCCACCCAGCCAGCUGGUGUUUGAGGGGGUGAGGGGCAGCACAGCCUACCUGGACAUCUCUCUGGAUGCCCUCUCCAUCCGUCGGGGCACCUGCAAUCAGGUCUGCGUGAUGCAAACGUGCAGCUUCGACACCUUAGAUGAUCUCUGUGGCUGGAGCUGGGUCCCCACGGCCUCUGGGGCCAAGUGGAGCCAGUGGAAGGGACCAUCGGGGCAGCCGGGCAUAGGGCCGGACGACGACUUCUCCAGCCCUGGUAGUGGCUACUACAUGCUCCUGGAUCCUAAGAACGCCAAGCCGGGCCAGAGGUCGGUCCUCCUGAGCCCGCUGAGUCACUCAACCGGCUGUCUGACGCUGUCCUUUCACUACAUCCUGUGGGCCCAGGCCCCAGGCGCAGCCCUCCUGGUCUACGGCUCGGUCUCAGGCAGCAUCCGGAAACACACACUCUUCUCAGGAGAACCCAGGGCUACCUGGCAUCCUGUUUCUGUUAACUAUACAGGACAAGGACAGAUCGAGUUCAGCCUGGUGGGCGUGUUCGGCGAGAUCCCAGAGCCCGCGGUGGCGGUGGAUGAAAUCAGCAUUGCUCCCUGUGGCGAGACCUUUCCCCAGUGUGACUUUGAAGACAGUACUCAUCCCUUCUGUGACUGGACCCGCGGAUCAGAGGACAGCGGCCAGUGGGCCCGGGGAAGUGAAAACAUGUCUGCCAAUGUUGUAGGCCCCUUCGGAGAGGCCCUGUAUGGAGGUGAGCACUAUAUCUACCUGGAGACGGACAGGUCCUCCCGGGAGGGACAGUCCUCGAGGCUGGUGAGCCGGCCGUUCUGUGCCCCGGGUAACGUCUGCGUGGAGUUCUCAUACCACAUGUACGGUCUCGGAGACGGCGCUGCGCUCAGGCUUCUGCUGGGGAGCCCCGCGGGCAGCACCCCCACCCUGCUGUGGGAGCUCAUUGGGUCUCAGAAGCCCCACUGGCUGAAUGCCUCUGUCACCAUCCCUUCGGGACACCAGCAGCCUAUGCAGCUGAUUUUGGAGGCCAUCCAGGGGAGCAAUGCUGCCUUUGUGGUUGCUGUGGGUUUCAUCUUGAUCAGUCAAGGGACUUGUCGAGCACCGGUGCCAGCAGCAGUGCUUCCUACCACUUUCCCCACAGAAGAGCCAGUAGUCUCUACAGAAAAACCUGCAAUCCCCAUAGAAGGACCCACUGUACCCACUGAACAAACCACUGUCUGCAAUGAGAAACUCUCUGUCUGCACUGAGAAACCCACUGUCGCUGUAGAAGAAACUACUGUCCCACCCAAGGAGACCACCCUCCACCUGGCAGAGAUCACCAUUCCUGCUGACAACAUCCCUGCCUCCAGCGAAGAGCCUGCUGUCCUCACUGAAGUGACCAUCAUUACCACAGAAGGACCCACCAUCCCCACCAAAGAACCUGCUGUCCGCAUAGAACAACCCACCAUUCUUAUUGAAAAUACCACCCCCCCCACUGAGGAGACCACUGUCCCCACAGAAGAACCCUCCACCCCCACUGAGGAGACCACCGUCCCCACAGAAGAACCCUCCACCCCCACUGAGGAGACCACUGUCCCCACAGAAAACCCCUCCACCUCCACUGAAGAGACCAGUGUCCCCACAGAAAAACCCAUCAUCCCCACUAAAAAGCCCAAAGUGUGUCCACCCUCUUGCCCUAGCUCCACUCUCCCGCCCACUGUGCCAACAGCCAUGGCGAUGCCUCCGGAAACUCCAAAUGCCUCCAUGACCAACAUGGCGCCUGCCACCACUAGAAACCCCCUCCCAGUGAGCUGCCCCUCAGAUGCCCACUACGAGCCCUGUGCGUGCCCAGCGUCCUGUGAGAGCCCCAAGCCCAGUUGCGGGCUGCUCUGCCAGCCGGGCUGCGUCUGCAAUCCUGGCUUCCUGCUCAGUGCCAGCCAGUGCAUCAAUGCCUCGUCCUGCAACUGCAUCUACGGCGAUAAGAGCUAUAAGCCUGGGGAGAAGUGGUUCAGCCCCAACUGUACCAAGCGCUGCAGCUGCUGGCCGGGCAGCAGGAUGGAGUGCCAGCCCUCUCAGUGUGGGACACACACUGUGUGCCAGCUGAAGAAUGCCCAGUAUGGAUGCCACCCAUAUGGCACUGCCACCUGCUUGGUGUAUGGAGACCCUCAUUACGUCACCUUUGACGAGAGGCACAUAGCCUUCACGGGCAAAUGCACGUACAUCUUGGCCCAGCCCUGCCACAACUCCACAGAGCCAUUCUUCAGGGUGACUGCAAAGAAUGAGUACCGGGGACAGGAAGGUGUGUCCUGCCUGAGCAAGGUCUACAUUACUCUGUCUAAGACCACCGUCACUCUCCUCAAAGGCCGACGCAUAAUGGUUGGGGACCAAAGAGUCACCCUGCCAGCCAUGCCUGCUAAAGGUGUCUUUGUGAGUCCAAGCGGGCGAUUUGUGGAGCUGCAGACUGCGUUUGGUCUGCACGUGAGGUGGGACGGCGAGCAGCAGCUGUUUGUCACUGUGUCCAGUACCUAUGCUGGCAAACUCUGCGGUUUCUGUGGCAACUAUGAUGGGGACAGCAGCAACGACAACCUGAAGCCAAAUGGUAACCCAGCACAGGAUGAUGAGGAGCUGGGGAACAGCUGGCAGGUAGCCGAGGAUGAGGACCAGGAGUGCCUGCAGAACGAGGAAGACCUCCCGACCUGCGACGCGGUCUUGAAGCGUACCAUUUCGGGGCCCAGGUUCUGCGGCGGCCUGGUGGACUCCAGAGGACCAUUUGAGGCCUGCUUGCUGCACAUGAAGGCCUCUCCCUUCUUCGACAACUGCAUGUUGGACCUGUGCCGCUUCCAAGGGCUCCGGGCAAUGCUGUGUGCCCACCUGUCGGCCAUGACUGCGGCCUGCCAGGAUGCUGGCUACCCCGUGAAGCCCUGGAGAGGACCCCAGUUCUGCCCCCUGGCCUGCCCCCGCAACAGCAGGUACUCCCUGUGCGCCAGUCCGUGCCCAAACACCUGCCACCCAGCCUUCUCCAGCAAGCCGUGCGUGGGCCCGUGUGUGGAGGCCUGCGAGUGCAACCCGGGCUUCGUGCUCAGUGACCUUGAGUGUGUCCCCUGGACCCAGUGUGGGUGCCGCAGCUCCUCAGGGCACUACUUCAAGCUAGGUGAGCGGUGGUACAAGCCAGGUUGCAAAGAACUCUGUGUCUGUCAAAGGAAGCGCAUUUACUGCCGGCCCUGGAAGUGUCGGGCCCAGGAGGCCUGUGGCCACCAGAAUGGCCGGUAUGGCUGCUAUGCCCAAGGUUCCGCCACCUGCACUGCCUUGGGCGACCCCCACUACCUGACAUUCGAUGGAGCCCUGCACCACUUCCUAGGCACCUGUACUUACACCCUGACCCAGCCUUGCUGGUCCAGGUACCCGGAGAACCACUUUGUUGUGAGCGCCACCAACGAAAUCCGCGGUGGGAACUUGGAAGCCGCCUACGUCAAAGCCGUCCACGUGCACGUCUUAGAUCUCAAGAUCUCGCUCAUCAAAGGCCGCAGGGUCAUGCUGAAUGGCCAUCUGGUGGCCCUCCCUGUGUGGCUGUCACAAGGCCGGGUGACCGUUAGGCUCAGUGGCUCCUUUAUCCUGCUGUACACGAACACUGGGCUUCAGGUUCGCUACGACGGGAACCACCUGGUGGAGGUGACGGUGCCCUCCUCCUAUGCCGGCCAGCUCUGCGGGCUCUGCGGGAACUACAACAACAACAGCAUGGACGACAACCUGCGCCCAGACAGGAAGCCCGCGGACAGCUCCUCCCAGCUGGGCGCUGCCUGGACGUCCUCGCAAGACUCUGAGCCCGGCUGCUUCCUAGUGGGGGCCGAGCCCUCCAGCUGUCCUGAGGAUGAUGACAGGGUGGACGCCUGGAGUAAGAACUGUGAGAUCCUGAUGAACCCUCUAGGGCCCUUCUCCAACUGCCACCAGCUGGUGCAACCGCAGGCCAGCUUCACCAGCUGUGUGCAGGGCCAGUGUGACACCCAGGGUGACAGCCUGGCGCUGUGCCGCUCCCUGCAGGCCUAUGCAUCCCUGUGUGCCCUGGCUGGCCAGGCUCCUGCCUGGCGCAACAGUACCUUCUGCCCUCCGAGGUGUCCUCCCAACAGCAGCUACAGCCCCUGUGCCAGGCCCUGCCCGGCCACCUGCCUCAGCAUGAGCACCCCCGAGGACUGCCCAGCAGCGCUGCCCUGUACCGAGGGCUGCGAGUGCCAGAAAGGCUACGUCCUGAGCGGAACCUCCUGCGUGCCCCUCAGCCAGUGCGGCUGCCUGGAGCCCCAGGGCUUCUACCACCCGGUUGGGGAGAGCUGGUACCCAGAGAGGACCUGCACCUCCCGCUGCACCUGCUUCGUCCACAACAACAUCACUUGCCGCCAGGCCGCCUGCCAGGAGGACGAGGUGUGCUGGCUCCACGAUGGGCUGCUCAGCUGCUGGGCCCCAGGCGCAGGCGUCUGCAGGGCCUCGGGGGAUUCCGAGUACGUGGCCUUCGAUGGCAGUACGCACCUGGUCCAGGACACCUGCCCGCACAUCCUGGUGAAGGUGUGUCACCCUAACAUGGACCUGCCUGUCUUCAAGAUAAGUGCCAAGAGCGAGGGCAGAGCAGGGGCCUUCGGCCUCCGCCAGGCCUAUAUCGACGUCGCCGAUGCCCGGGUCACUCUGCAGGAGGGCCAUCUAGUGCUGAUCAAUGGCACACUUGUCACCCUUCCUGCCACCUCCCAGAUCACAGGGCUCAGCAUCACCUCCAGCAGCAUCUACACCAUAGCGCACCUGCAGCCUGGCGUGCAGGUCAAGUUUGACGGCCGUCAUUUCUUAGAGAUCAAAAUCCCCAUGGCCUAUUACGGAAAGGUUUGCGGCGUGUGUGGGGACUUCGAUGGGGAGGAGGAGGAAGAUGAUCUGUUGAUGCCCAAUGAUGAACCAGCCCAGGAUGACCACGAGUUCAUGGACAGCUGGAAAGACAAGGACACUGACUCAGACUGCCAGGAGGAACACGAGCAGGGAGAGCAGACCCUGAACACAGACUGCAGGCCGGCUGACCUCGAGACGGCGCAGGGGCACUGCCGGGCGGCCCUGCGGACUCCAGCCUGGGCCAAGUGCGCUGCCCGCGUGGCCCUUGAGCCCUUCCUGCUAGACUGCGCGCACAAACUCUGUGAGUUUGGAGGCCUCAGCCAGGUGCUGUGUGAGGCCCUGCAGGCUUUCGGGGCCGCCUGCCAAAGCCAGGGUAUCAGGGUCCCGCUCUGGAGGAACACCAGCUUCUGCCCUCUGGAGUGCCCGGCACACAGCAGCUACACCUCCUGCACUCCCUCCUGCCCGCCGUCCUGCUGGGACCUGGAUGGCCACUGCGAGGGCGUCAAGGUCCCCUCCACCUGCACCGAGGGCUGCGUCUGUCAGCUCGGCUACGUGCUGAACGAGGACAAGUGUGUGCCCAGAAGUCAGUGUGGGUGCAAGGACGCCCAGGGCGGCUUUAUCCCCGCAGGCAAGACCUGGAUCUCCAGCAGCUGCACCCAGAGCUGCACCUGCUCUGAAGGAAGCGUUCAGUGCCGGGCCUUCCACUGCCCUCCUGGAUCCCACUGCCAGGACAACGAGGAUGGGGACACCAACUGCGCCCCCAACAGGUCCCAACACUGCUCUGUCUUCGGGGACCCACAUUACCGCACAUUUGACGGCCGCAGCUACCACUUCCAGGGCCGCAUGACCUACAUCCUGGUGAAAACAGUGGACGUGCUCCCCGACGGCAUGCAACACCUGGUCGUGGAGGGGCGCAACAAGAUAUACUCACCCAUGAGCCAGGUUUUCCUGCAUGAAGUGAUCACCACCAUCUAUGGUUACAAAGUUCAGUUCCAGAAGGAUCUGGUGCUGCUGGUCAACAGUCAGAAGAUGGCCGUGCCCUACAGGCCCAACGAGCACCUGCGGGUCACCCUGCGCGGCCAGCGGCUGUAUCUGAUCACAGACUUCGAGCUGGUGAUCAGCUUCGACGGAAGCAGCACAGUGAUCUCUCUGCCCAGCAUGUACCAGAGGCUGGUGCGCGGCCUGUGCGGGAACUAUGACAGCGACCGCAGGAACGACUUCAUGCUGCCCAACGGGGCGCUCACCCACAGCAUCAGCAUCUUCGGCAGAAGCUGGGAGGUGAAACACAAGGAUGCCCUCCUCCACUUCCGGAGGGCCCUCCAGGAAGAGGAGGAAGAGGAAGACUCACGCUCCCAAGCAGGGUCCCGGUGCAGCCCAGAGCAGCUGGCGCUCAUCAACGGCACGCAGGCCUGUGGGGUGCUGGGGGACCCCCGGGGCCUCUUUGCUGCCUGUCACCACACUGUGGCCCCAGAGCCCUUCCAGGAGCACUGUGUGAUGGAUCUGUGUACCACUCGGGACCCCACAGAACAAGAGGAACUCCGAUGCCGGAUCCUCAGUGGGUACGCCAUUCUCUGCCAGGAGGCAGGUGCCAGCCUGGCUGGCUGGCGGGACCACACCCGCUGCGCCAUGGCAUGUCCAGCCAAUACCGUGUAUCAGAGCUGCAUGACACCCUGCCCAGCAUCCUGUGCCAACCUGCUGGCCCCUGGAGAAUGUGAAGGUCCCUGCGUGGAAGGCUGUGCCAGCCUCCCGGGCUACACCUACAGCAGCACCCAGAGCCUCCCCCUGGCCAACUGUGGCUGCACCACCAACGGUGUCUACUACCAGCUGGGAGACAGCUUCGUGGUUGAGGACUGCUCUCUGCGCUGUACCUGUGCCCGCCCACAGGUCCUGCUGUGCAAGCCCUUCAGCUGCAGCGCUGGGGAGAUCUGCACCCUGGCCAACCUCACUCGGGGCUGCUUCCGGGAAAGCCCGUGCCUGCAGAACCCCUGUCAGAAUGACGGUCGGUGUCAGGAGCAGGGGUCCGGCUUCACCUGCGAGUGUGAACUCGGUUAUGGGGGAGACCUCUGCACCGAGCCUCAGAAUGUCCCACCCCCCAGGAAGAAAGCACCCAGCUUGGUGGCCAUCCUGCUGACCCUGCUCAUGCCUGUCACAGUCCUGGUGCAUGUGCUGCGCAGAGAGUGCAUGUGCAGGGCCAGGAAGAGGAGGAGAAGAGGGAAGAGGAGGGAGAAAAUGAAGGGCCAGACGGAGCCUGGAGCCCAGCUGCUGUCCCCAGACACUGUUCCUGAGCCUGCCGCAAAGUCACUGUUUUGAGUUGUCCUCAAACAAGGUCAUAAAGAAUAAAGCUGU